UUUAGAAUGAAAAAAAAAAAAAAUUGCCUAACUGCUUACAGUUCUGGUUUGAUUUCUGUAGGCGUCAUAAAGUCCAGAGUUCAUGGUUUGACUGGGAAAGGAUCUCAAGCUUAAAAAGAGAAUGAGAGUGUAGGGGUCUUAUGGUUGUGGUGUGGGUGGGGAGCUUUGUUGUUUGCUGUAGGCCUGAGAUAGCCCUUAAGUUGAUGUAUUUUAAACCCCAAAUACCAGAGCAAUUACCUGGUUUUGGUAACGUGGUUUCUGGAUAUGUUCUCUGAAGGAUGCCCAACAGAUAUGCGCAGCGAAGAGAAGGAAAUCGUUUGAGAGGACAUCCAUAAUUCGUGUAGUAGCUUAGAGAAUAGAAUGCCUCUGAGUGGAAGGGUGACUGCUGUGCACAUCACAGGAGGAGGAAGACUCUACAGAAGUGAUUUAUACAAUAUACAUAUUCCCUGUAUGAAAGCUAAGUGAGCUUAUGCCUGGAAGCUGCACUAAGAAAAUAAACGAUGAGACUUCUUUUUAACUUUAAAAUAUUACCACUGCUGCCUCCAGUCAGUGUCAUGAUGAACGACUUGUUUUAAUGCUCUGUAUUUGGGAUUAAUGCAGUGUUCUUUAUUUGGUUUGCUUUGUGUACUAUUCCUUGAUGGCUGAUUCAAGUACGGGAUGUGACUGCACUGCUUUUGCACUAAGUGUUAAAUGUUAGGUGUACUCCAAAAGUAUUCAGAAGAUGUACUUUGCACCUGGUGUGCAUUAUAGUUUAGGACCAACCUGCUGAAGUUUUUGGACUGUUCUGUAUCUCUGUUGUGUCAUGAUAGGUGUUGGUUGUCUGUUGUUUAUUUUCUAUCUGUAUACUUGAAAGGUUCUUCAUCCUGCUUUUAGCUGAGAUUUGUCAGAUGUUGUUUUUCAGGACCGCUUUAAGAAAGAUGAAAUAAGGUAUACAAAUCAGAUCUUCUACUGCAUUAAGGAGAUAUUUAUUAUCUCUGUCUUUAGUAGUGUCUGCUUCUUGUACAUUGAUUGUUUUUCUGAAAUCUUUGUAGUUUUCAACCAAUCUGACAGAAAGGCAAGCGUAGUUAAAAAACGUGUUUUGCAGGUUCCAUGAAAGUAGGUAAGGAGAUGAGAGAGAUCCCAGGGAGGUGCUCUCAGAGGAAGGUGGGCACAUGUUACAGACAUUUAAGAGUUAAUGUUAUUAAAGCUAUCCUUAAAAAUAUCCUGCACAGGAAAAGAUUCAGUCAAACAUAAUAUAUGAAAAUAUAGCAGACAAGGCAGUGUUCACAGAAUGAUCCAUUUAAGUUGGUCUCUGUAGUCAUAAACAUAUUUUCUUCGCCAGCUGUAGGAGCUUAAAUGCCUGUGAUUGCAAUUCUCUUUGGAAUGUGUGAGAUAUUUGGGUGGCAAAGAUAAACUUUGUUUGCAAGGAAACAAGUGUGGGAGCAAACCAGUUACCAGAGAAGGCAGCAGAAACUUUGAAUUCUAUGCCUCUACUGUUGCCCAAAGUUCCUUUAGUUAUAGCCUCAAAUACUUCAGAUUUCUGUAAUUAGUACACUGUAAGUAUUCCAGUGCUGUCUGCUUCAUAUGAGUGUAAUGCUGCCAGUAUUCAGAGUGUUUUAUAAGUGUAAAUAAUACUCAAGGGCACUCCUGCUGCACAAAACAUAUUUUCAGUCUUCAGUUACUUACAUUGCUGUGGAAGCUCUUCCAUCCUUUUUGUUUCCACUCGGUAUGUGUAAUCUGAAAUACGUUGCCUAGCUUACAAAGUGGGCUUUAUAGGGCAGGCUCUGUAGCUACGUGUGGACUUCCCCCAGGUCACUUUCUAAAGCAGAAUGAUUUCAUAGAACAAAACUGGUAAUCAUAGGAAGCAAGCUUAAUAUAAAGAAGCUAUAUUUUUACCAUUUCUUUUCUGUGAUGUUUAUCAGUUUACCUUACAGGUAGUAUCGAUGAUUUUAGACUCAGGUUACCUGGAACUGGUCUGCCAUGUCCUUUACAGAAGUAGAAAGCUCCUUUUCUUUUUCAGAGAAGGGGGUAAAAAGGGUAUAUUGAGGGACUUAAUAUUAAGGGACUUGAAGCUACAAAUUGUAAACUGAGUGAGAAAUUUGGCUUAAUCCUUAGAUUCGGUAACUUUGAGUCUCAUUGUUUUCCCUAUAUACAGAAGAUUUCUAAUAGAUAUCUGAUCUCCUGAGGAAUUAGUACAGGUUCUGAAGUGAUAACAUGGAAUCCUGCCUUGAAAAGCAGUGGCAGUGUGAGAGGGGAGACCUCUCUGUGAAGCAGUGACAGCUGAACUCUGCCGAGUCGGUGGUGGUGCUGGCAGUCUGCUAGGCCCUUGCUUGACUGUGCGUUAGUGUGCAUGUUGAUACAGUUUGCGUGGUCUAAUUGGGCAUCUGGGUUUUUAAACAACGUGCAGGGUCAUCAUAGAGGGGCUGUGCUUAAAAUGGGAACUCUAUGAUAUUCUAGGAAAAAGGAAGGGAAUUGUUUUUAAGUUGUGAAAUUUGCUUAACGAAUUUGAGUUUGGGUACCUUGUUUUGUUCAGAGGGAGAGAAGAUUUCAAGUCAGAACAGUAAAGUGAUGAGAAGAGUAUUACCAAGAGGGCCUAUUGCAGAAAGUAGCAUCCGUAAAGCAGUCUGAAAAUAGCCUGCUGUGGAAAUAGUGUGCAUGUAUGUUGUCAGAGUAUGUAGAUCAGUAAGGAGACAGGGUAAUUGUCAAUAAGGGACAGCUUAAGAUCCUUAUGCAUUAGAAAUCUUUCAUGGAAUUAACUUCACGUGAUUAACUAUUAAUAAUUUAUUGUGAUAUUGACACACGUGUCAGUACGCUUUGCAAUCUCGUAUUUUAUUGCAAAUAUUAUUGGCAAGCAAUUUCAGUAUAUACAUCAUAGAUAAAAAUCCACAGAGGAAUAUAUAAAUUGCAUCCGUGUAGCUGCUGCACAGUACGGAGGGGAGGAGGCGGCCUGGAGAGAACAAAAAAGAUGCUUGAGAAAAGUGCAGGCUGCAGUUACGAAUUAUUUCAUAUAAGUAUUGCCUAUGGCAUGGAUAUUUAAAGAGGGCGAAAAGCCGAAUAUAUUACGAGCGCUAAUAUUAACCGCUGUUGGAGCGUGCUCAGCCAAUUUAAAGCAGAGGGGACCAAACUUGGAAGCCUGCCUCGUACAUGCCCUAGUGUUUUUUCUCCUGCUCACCACGUUCUGUAAGACAGCGCUUGUCAUUGCUCCGGGUUUGGAGGAGCUGGUGGCCCUGCGUUGUGGCCAGGCCUGUGAGCUGGCCCCGCAGAUGGCGCUGGCUCUGCUGCUCUUGCUGCUGGCCGGGUGCUGUGCUGGGAAUGCUGAUGGGGCUGUCUGGAAAAUAUGUGCCUUUCAGGUGGCUGCUGGAAACCAGAUGGUUUUUGAUAAGAUUUUGAUAAAUGUAUUGGGAUCCAUCGAGAAUAAGAUUUAACAUGAAAAUAAAUAAAGAGCACCCAGGGGAGUAAUUCUAUUGUGUUUAUAUUCCAUAGUUCAGAUAGGGUUUUUUUUUUUUAUAUUUUUGUUCCGUUCCUUCUACCUUUCUUAAUAAGAGCACGGGACAAUUUAUCCACACGAUGAAAUUAUAUGAAAUGUUUUCUGCCCCUUUUUUGAAUCCGAAACCUUCAGCGAUGCAUAUAGCACGAGUGCAUUUUCAAAGGAAAACUCUUUGAAGUCCUUUUUUCUUUUUUCUUUCUUUGUGUCUCUGUCUCCCCCUUUCUCCAUCUUUCCCCCCCCUCCCCUUCUCUCUGUCUGUCAAGUUCAAGAGCAGCUCAGAUGCCAUGAAUUAAGUGAAGCACAAAAGGGGAAAAGGAGACCCUUUUGAAGAACAAAGGCCUCCCAUUAGGCUGCCGUGUUCUUUCUCUGACCAAAAUUGCUCCCUACAUGGUUUUUAUUGCUGUCCGCAUGCUUGGCACAUAAGGUAAAUACAGUAGGACCCUCGUUACCUCACACUCUCUCUUCCUCUUCCCUCUUCAAUAAAUGUUUUGUCUCUUUGAUGUCCCCAGUAAUUCUUAUACUGAUUGUUCCCACCCUCAUAAAAGCCCCAGGGGUAGUCAUGGUGGUGGAUAGCAUUAGAUACUGUGUAAAUGCUUCCAGAAAAGAAGACAAACUGCAGCUAAAGAAUUUAUUUCAGGUGGAAGAGAAUGGGAAGGAAAUACAGAUGUUUUCUUUUCUUCUUAACAUGUUGUCUCUGUGUCCUGGCUACACUUGCAUAUUCCAUUGAAGUUCACAAUUUCUUCCUGUUUGUUUCAAAAAAAGAACAGAGAAAUAGGACUUAAUCAGUUACGAGGAAAUGCACGCUAUGAGACUUGAAAGGUAUAGAAAUCUCCUCUUGAGCUUUCCUGGUGGAUUAUUUUUUGUCGUUUAUAAUUUUGACAGCUAUUUGCUCCAGAGUUCUGGUGAGAAGUACCAGCUAAGGUUCAGACCUGGAUGGAUUGAAAUGUGAACUUUGUAGCACGUGUCUCAAAAAGAAACCUGUCAGGCCCUCCUUAAUGGAGUGACGCUUAAAAGCAGCAUUGAGAGACUCAAGAAUGAACAAUCCGUCAGAAACCAGUAAACCAUCAAUGGAGAGUGGAGAUGGGAACACAGGCACACAAACAAAUGGCCUGGACUUUCAAAAGCAGCCUGUGCCUGUUGGAGGACCAAUCUCUACAGCCCAGGCCCAGGCCUUUCUUGGGCACCUUCAUCAGGUCCAGCUCGCUGGAACAAGUUUACAGGCUGCUGCUCAGUCCUUAAAUGUACAGUCUAAAUCUAAUGAAGAAUCUGGGGACUCUCAGCAGCCAAGCCAGCCUUCCCAGCAGCCUUCAGUGCAGGCGGCCAUACCCCAGACCCAGCUCAUGCUGGCCGGAGGACAGAUCACUGGGCUCACGUUGACGCCAGCCCAGCAACAGUUAUUGCUACAACAGGCGCAGGCACAGUUGCUGGCAGCUGCAGUGCAGCAUUCAGCCAGUCAGCAGCACAGCGCUGCUGGUGCCACCAUCUCGGCCUCUGCUGCAACGCCGAUGACGCAGAUCCCUCUAUCUCAGCCAAUACAGAUUGCACAGGAUUUGCAGCACUUGCAGCAGCUUCAGCAGCAGAAUCUCAACCUGCAACAGUUUGUGUUGGUGCAUCCAACAACCAACUUGCAGCCAGCACAGUUCAUCAUCUCACAAACACCGCAGGGGCAGCAGGGUCUCCUGCAAGCGCAGAAUCUCUUAACGCAACUACCUCAGCAAAGCCAAGCCAACCUCCUGCAGUCUCAGCCAAGCAUCACCCUUGCCUCGCAGCCAGCAACCCCAACACGCACAAUAGCAGCGACCCCCAUUCAGCCACUUCCACAGAGCCAGUCAACACCAAAGCGAAUAGACACUCCCAGCUUGGAGGAGCCCAGUGACCUUGAGGAGCUUGAGCAGUUUGCCAAGACUUUCAAACAAAGACGGAUCAAACUUGGAUUCACUCAGGGUGAUGUUGGGCUCGCUAUGGGCAAACUCUAUGGAAAUGACUUCAGCCAAACUACCAUCUCUCGCUUUGAAGCCUUGAACCUCAGCUUUAAGAACAUGUGCAAGUUAAAGCCACUUCUGGAAAAGUGGCUCAAUGAUGCAGAAAACCUCUCAUCUGAUUCAACUCUCUCCAGCCCAAGUGCCCUGAAUUCUCCAGGGCAAGGAAUCGAAGGCGUGAACCGUAGGAGGAAGAAACGCACCAGCAUAGAGACCAACAUACGUGUGGCCUUAGAGAAGAGUUUCCUGGAGAACCAAAAGCCUACCUCGGAGGAGAUCACCAUGAUAGCUGACCAGCUAAACAUGGAGAAGGAGGUGAUCCGCGUUUGGUUCUGUAACCGGCGCCAGAAGGAGAAAAGGAUCAACCCACCCAGCAGUGGUGGAACCAGCAGCUCGCCCAUCAAAGCAAUUUUCCCUUGCCCGACCUCACUGGUGGCAACCACGCCAAGCCUUGUGACUAGCAGUGCAGCUACUACCCUGACUGUCAAUCCUGUGCUCCCUCUGACCAGUCCUGCUGUAACUAGUUUGUCAGUCACAGGCACAACAGAAACCACCUCCAACAACACAGCAACAGUGAUUUCAACGGCACCUCCAGCUUCUUCAGCAGUGACAUCACCCUCCCUGAGUCCUUCCCCUUCUGCCUCAGCCUCCAUUUCAGAGGCAUCCAGUGCCAGCGAGACCAGCACAACACAGACAACCUCCACUCCCUUGUCCUCCCCUCUUGGGACCAGCCAGGUGAUGGUAACAGCAUCAGGGUUGCAAACAGCAGCAGCAGCCGCAUUACAAGGAGCUGCACAGUUGCCUGCAAAUGCAAGUCUCGCUGCCAUGGCUGCUGCAGCAGGACUAAACCCAGGCUUGAUGGCAUCCUCACAGUUUGCAGCUGGAGGUGCCUUACUCAGUCUCAAUCCAGGGACAUUAGGUGGUGCUCUCAGCCCAGCCCUGAUGAGCAACAGUACACUGGCAACUAUUCAAGCUCUUGCAUCUAGUGGCUCUCUUCCAAUAACAUCACUGGAUGCAUCUGGAAACUUGGUGUUUGCCAAUGCUGGAGGUACUCCUAACAUCGUAACUGCCCCUCUGUUCCUGAACCCUCAGAACCUUUCUCUGCUCACCAGCAACCCAGUUAGCUUGGUCUCUGCAGCUGCAGCCUCCGCAGGGGCCUCUGGACCAGUCGCCAGCCUUCAUGCCACCUCCACCUCAGCUGAGUCCAUCCAGAACUCUCUCCUCACGGUGGCCUCUGCGAGCGGGGCCACGUCCACCACCACUACUGCCUCCAAGGCACAGUGAGCUGGGCUGAGCUGUGCUGCCAGCAGCCUUUUUCACUGUGCAGUGGGAUUGGCUGCCAGUAGGGUUUAUGAACUGAAAAAUGUGAUGGUCAUCCUCUCACCGUGUUGCUGGGGACAAGGGAGAGAAGGAGAAAUAUUAAAAAAAAACAAAAACAAAAACAACACAAAAACAAAACAAAAAAAAACAAAAGCAAAACAGGAAGGAUUUAAAGCUGGGACAGACGUUUGCCUAAUUUUAUAAUAAACACUGUCUUUUCAGGAUCGCUUCAUGGAUCGGAGAACUUUCUAACCAAAAAUGUAAAAAAAAAAAACAACAAAAACAAACAAAAAAAAAACAACAAAAAAAAAACACAAAACAAAACAAAAACAACAAAAAAAAACCAACACAAAAAAAGUGAAAGGACUACUUAUCAUUUCCAGCAGUCACAAUGACAAGUUAAGGUGGGUUAUCAGUUCAAACAUAGGACGGGGAUUUCUUGUUCCUUUUUGGUCUAAAUAUCUUUCUUUUUUAAUUAUCAUUUUAUUGGUCUGUUGUACAGGCCAUUAUGUCAUACAAGGUGUUUAUAAUCGUAUCAAUCUUAUUGGGGGUUCCUUUCUUAACUGGUACAAUUUAGGCAGGCCUGUAUUACUGGUGUAUCUCUAUUAUUAUUAUUAUGAUUAUUAUUAUUAUUAUUUUUAUAUAUAUAGUUUGGACGCAUUUGUCUAUUGCUCCUGGAUUAUUUUCAGCGAGCUCCCACA